AUGGGCCGCCCCUCAGUUCCGCUGUCGGCGAAUUUGCCGCCACUGGUCAUGGGCACUGCGACAUUCAACUCGCAGUACAACCCUGAUCCCUACGCCCUCCCGACUACAGAAUUGGUCCAUCGUGCUCUCACGAGUGGAGUCCGUGCUUUCGACACAUCGCCCUACUACGGCCCCGCGGAGGAACUCCUCGGCCGAGCGCUGGCCACCGAUUUCGUCCAGUCUAACUUCCCCCGCUAUACAUACCGCUUGCUCACAAAAGUCGGUCGAGUCGCGUCCUCUUCCUUCGACUACUCCCCGGAAUGGGUGCGCUAUAGCGUUCAGCGCAGUCUUCGUCGUCUCCACACCGACUACCUCGACGUAGUCUACUGCCAUGAUGUCGAAUUUGUCUCGCCACAAGAGGUGCUGGAGGCUGUCCGGGAACUGCGCCGCAUCCGUGACACAGAGGGGACCAUUCACUACGUGGGUAUAUCAGGAUACCCCGUUGAUGUACUGAGCGAUCUCGCAGAACUGGUCCUACGGGAGACGGGCGAACCGCUCGACAUCGUUAUGUCUUAUGCCAAUUUCACUCUGCAAAACACCCGGCUGCUCACUGAAGCUCUGCCCCGUCUCGUGGCUGCCGGUGUCGACGUGGUUCCCAACGCUUCCCCGCUGGGAAUGGGUCUGUUGCGUCGCUCAGGUGUACCAAUUGGUAGUAUGGGAGACUUCCACCCCGCCCCGAACGGGUUGAGAAGCGCAAUUCACCGCGCUGCGGAAUGGGCCGAUACUCAGGGCGAGAAGAUCGAGGUGAUUGCCAUCCGGUUUGCACUCGAGUCGUGGCUCCGCGAGGGCGCUAAGGCAGGUGCUCUGGGGCCGCCUCUGGCUCGGUCUGCGGACGCAGAUCCGGGCUUUCUCUCUGUUGUGAACUUGGGAACCGGCGAGCGACUCGGCGUCAGUGUGAUGGGCGUGAGCAACUUGGACGAACUGCACGAGACGCUCCGAGUUUGGCACAGUAUCAUCGAGGGUCUGGAGAACAAAGACGACGACGAAGGCACCGAAACCGGCAAUACCCAAUCCAGACCGGCCGCCGUCCCUUCAGCUCUCCAAGCUCCUACAAUCCUCACCCCCUCAGAGGGGAUCAUCACCGACCGCGCGUGGUCAGACUCCCGUCGUCACCGCAUCAUAUCCCUUGCCCAGGAAAUCCAGGCGAUCCUCGGCUCCGAAUGGGUGGAUUUUGUCUGGCCAAGUCCUGGAACGGAUUUCGUCAACACUUUGUCGGCCGAGCAUCUCGCCUUGAAAAAGGAAUUGGCUGGACUCACUUCCGCAGGGCAGGAAACGGCAGCUCCUGCUACCAGGGAUGGUCCGACAAUGAUCACUCCACCCUUGGAUGCGGUAGAUACGAAGAUACCCGUCGAUGCAGCCCCUUCGGAUGUUGCGUUGUAA